AUGUUGUCUGCAACUAAGCCCAUCCUUAUUCCAAAACGGAAGAAACUGAUAGAUCUGCCACCGGAGACAAUGGGACAGAUACUGAGCAAUGUUAGCGUGAAAGAUCUCCAGGAAGUACUUCUGACCAGCCGCAGCAUGCGAGACGUGACCGUCGAUCGUCUCACAGGCACAGACGCGCUCGUCCGGGAUUUCCAACGGUUUGAGAAACGCAAAGAUGUCGAGGAAGGGCUUUGUAUGUGUUGUGAGCGCCGAAAGAGUAACGAUAUGCUGGAUAUAAUACGUGUGGGUAUGGCAAUCUGGGGUGUUGACGUGGUUGUCAAGGCAACGUCAAGGCAUCACAGGUCGCGUUUAGGCCUGGUGGAUGAGGAUGGGGCCAACGUGAUGCCGCAAAUACUUAUCCUGAUACUUCAAAGUGCAUGUGCACUCUCAUCCCGAGCUCUUUCACUCAGUGUGUUGGACCUCUUCUCAUCCCGCGCCACUCUGGAGAUGGCCAUGAAUCGCGGGUGUGUGAUGGAUUGUCCGCUAAUGGUCCAAGUGUUACUUUGUCGUAUCACAAAUCUGACAAGUGAAGAGCUCAGCGGCGCUCUUAACCAGGCUUGUUGGGCAGGAAGCACGUCAGUCGUGAAACUUCUUCUGUCGGAUUCCGAGGUAAAUCCCUCGGUGGACAACAGUACAGCAUUGUCGUAUGCUUGUGCCGAGAACAACCCAGAUAUAGUGCGUUUGUUGCUCCAAGACACGCGUACGGAUCCCGCAGUAAUCCACUUUGGCUCUUUCUUGCAGGCCUGCAAACACGGAUACGUAGAUGUUGUCAAACUCAUACUUGACGACGGCCGCCUUGAUCCAUCUGUCCAGCAGAAUGAAGCUUUUAUACAGUCCAGUCUACAUGGUUGCUUUGAGGUUACACAAAUGCUGCUCAAGGAUACAAGGGUAGACCCAGCUGCAAGACACAGUUGGGCGCUUCGGAAGGCCUCGCUCGGUGGCACUUUUAGACAUCCUGGCUACUCCACAACAGUUCUAAAGAGGACCACUACCCAGCACUUUAUUAAGAUUGUGCAACUUCUUUUGGAAGAUGGAAGAGCCGACCCGUCUGCUCAUGAUAACGAUGCUUUCAUUGGUGCAUGUGACCUGGGGUUAACAAAGGUUGCCGAGCUCCUCAUGCAGGACGCAAGAGUCGAUCCUACGGCAAGAAAUAAUCGCGCAUUGUUGGAGUCCAGAAAGAAAGGGUACGAUUGCUUAGUAGAGCUGCUUGGCAAAGAUGAUAGGGUGGCUCAGCUAGCAACGGCAAAGGAAAAGAUUGGUACUAGCACGUGUGUAUUAAAUACGUGCACUCAUCCAUCGUAUACAUCCAAGUGUUAGGACUGAAAUUUCAUCGUCUUCUACACUCAUUUCGAAC